AUGUAUAACGGUGGUGAUGAGAUCUUCAUUGGGGAUACAACUCCAAAACGAGUCAAAGCCUAUGUAUUAGAGAAUAAUGAAUGGAGGGAUACGGGUACUGGCUUUUGUGUUGGAAGAUUAGAAAAGAGUGAUGUAGAGAAUGAUGAUGCGUUACAUGCAUUCUUGGUGGUUAACAAUGAAGAUGCACCCGAGGAGGUUCUACUCAAAUCCAGAUUAGAAGGUAAUAUCGAAUAUCAAAGGCAGGAAGAGACUCUAAUUGUUUGGAAAGAUUUGACCGGUCAUGAUAUUGCACUGAGUUUCGAAGAAAGUGUUGGAUGUGAUGUACUUUGUGAAUUUGUUGUACAAGUGCAGAGGAAAUUGGAACCUAACAUUUCAUUAGUAGCGGUUAAAUCUACUGACAACGGUGUAGGUUCAGUGCACGAAAUUAUAACGGGACCCGUUACAUUACCAUCUCGAGAUUGGAAACAAGACGAAACCUCGUUAUUGGAAGCGCUUAGAAUUUUGAAUGAGAAUGUGGCAUUUGAUUUUUUGAAGAAUGAGACCAUUGAAUUUGUAUUGAGAACCAAUUAUCUGGAUAUUUUAAUUAAACAUUUCUACGAGUCUGAAAGACAAAGAUUACCCAGAGAUCUAUUAUUGUUGGGGAGUAUAGUGAAGACGUUAAUCCUUUACAAUCAAAGAGACAUUUUGGAACAAAUGGUUGCUGAUGAUAGAAUUAUGGGGAUUGUAGGAAUUUUAGAAUACGACACCGAAUUCCCCACAUCAAAGGCAAAUCAUAGAGAAUGUUUAGAUUCUUAUGGACCUGGUUUCAAGGAAGUGAUCCCCAUUGACAAUACAGACCUUAAAGCUAUUAUAAAGAAAUGCUUCCGAUUACAAUUUUUGAAAGAUGUGGUGUUGGUUAGAUUCUUAGACGAUCACAAUUUUAAUCUGAUUGUUGAUAUCAUCUUAGAUCUUGAGACAUGCAUUGUGGAUUUUUUACAAGUGGAUCCCUUCUUGGAUAAAUUGAUGGAAUUGUACGACGAUGAUAAGAAAUUUAAAGACGAGUUUCCAGAAAAUGAAUUACCUGAGAAAAGGAAAGGCGGUAUCAAACUUUUACAUCAAUGUGUUCAAAUGUCAAAGGGACUUGAUCCAAUCGACAAGUCGAAGUUUUACAAAACUCUGGUAAGGAAACCUUUGUUCAAAGUUUUGGAUUACGCAUUUAGAGUGGAAACUGAUGACAGUGUAAGAAUACUAGCUACUGAUACAAUCAUAACGAUUAUAGAACAUGAUAUCCUUUUAAUCCAUAGUGUACAACACGAAAAGAAACAUCACGAGGCGAGUGGAAUUCAAAAGCAACAAGGACAAUCUUCAGAAGAUGGGAAACCUACCGCCAAAGAUAUGUCGCUGUUGUUAAUUCUAUCUACCAUACUCCUAACAGAUAAGAGUCCCGGUUUGAAAGAACAAGUAGCGCAGGCUUUGAACACUCUCUUACAUCCAGAAGGAUGUUUUGGUACAGAAAGUGACUUCGAUGAUAGUCCCCCACGUAAUGGUAGGGGCAGUACAGAUUUUAUUUCAGAUUUUAACUAUGAUUUACAAAUGACACCAGAGGAAAUGGAGGGAAAUGUUGGGUACUUGAAUGGUGCCAGUGGGACUAGUCCUGAUUUAUUAAUGGUUGAGUAUUUUAGCAAUUUUUACAGUCAAGUGGCUCCUAUUCUUUUCGCACCACUGAUAAGGAAAAAUGGCAACCCACCAGCUAACGAAUUACAAGGUCGUGAUAACAGUUCAUUGAUACAUUUGGUCAAAUUCGUUUCAUUCACCUGCACAGAACAUGAUAGACGAUUGUCACGUCAAUUCGUUUUGGAACAUGGCUUAUUGGAUUCCGUGAGUGAAUUGAUCGGACCUUCACACUCUUUACAAUUAAGGCUUACAGCUGUGAGGUGUCUCAAAAACAUCAUGUGUCUCGAUGAUGAUUAUUAUUACAGGUAUAUGAUUUCAAAGGAAUUAUUCAAACCUAUUCUUGGUCUUUUAGAGGAAAACCUGUACGAGGAUAAUUUGGCAAAUUCGUGCAUACAAGAUUUUUUCAAAAUUAUUGCAUCGAAUUGUUUAAAUGUUAGGGAAGAGGUGGGUCUUUCGGCCUAUUCUUACAUUGUCUUCAAAACUACAAAUUUCACUCUUUUAAAGACCCAUCUGAUUGAAAAAUACGGUUCACUUCUAGAAAAGACAAGGUAUAUUAAAUUUGUCGAUGAUUUGCUUCGAUAUCAUGAAGAGCAAACUAUUUCAGAAGAGAACUUUAUUAGAAUCAAACCUAGAUCUGGUUCAAUGGGCGCUGGUGACCCAACUGAUGAGGAUAAUAAAUCUGCAAAGAGGCCACAUUCUGAAUUGGAUCCUCAUGGUUUACAGGAUUCGGAUCCUUCUAUGGGGGAACGAAGUGUAACUUUUAAAAGGGCAUUAGAUAAAUUCAACAGGGUAGACUCAUCAUCAUCUGCCAUUUUUGGCGAGAUAUUGAGAGAAUAA